AGCAAACGACGCUUUCUGUCUCUUGCUUGGCGAUCAGUUGCAUUCAGUCGUCCAGUUCUCUCGCACACGAUCGCUUAAAGGGAGUGGGAGCCAAUCUUCGCUGACGCAGCAGGUUUUUGGAAUCCGUGAUGUCGAUUAUUAAAGGCAUAAACUUUCCGCUGGAGGUCGGCAACGUAGACGCUGACUGUUCCAUUUGCCUACAGGAACUCCAGUGGCCAGUGUUCUGCCCCAGAUGCAGACAGGGCAACUGCUUCAAUUGCCUGGAACAAUGGUUCCGGACGAAACCCGAGUGUCCAGCUUGCCGGCACUUAUUCCAGCUGAACGAUCGUGAAAAACUUCGCUCGAAGUACGCUUGUCCGCAGGAUGGGAAUCUCGUCGAGUUCUACUGCGAACAAUGUCUGGAUUGCUUUUGCGCAAAAUGCAGAGUCAAUACUGGAGGCAAACAUUAUCGACAUUCGGUGAGAACCGUGGAUGCCUUGCGGAAGGACAUUGUGACAGAGGUCAACGCGUUGUCUAAAGUGCUUGUGCAAACGUUGGACAAAUUCAAGUCCUUGAUGCUGACCGGAAGUCCAUUCGAGCUGGUUCAACAACGACGAGUUUUCCAGUCGGAAUUUGACCGUUUGAAGGUAACGACUUCGAACGAAGUCAAAAUCUUACUGACUGAUGUCCACGGUGAAAAGCAGGACUUUACCGCUACAGAUCCGCUCGGAAAUGUCUGGCAGCUGAACGUUUAUCCCAACGGAUUCAGCGAUGCCAGAGGAAAGUUCAUAAGUGUGUACCUGAAGCUGGUACACGGAAAGCAGGCUCGUUACGAGUAUCAGUUCAAGAUACUUGACAAAAACGGUUCCAAGCCUAUCGAAUCGUAUAGCGCUGUCGAUGAUUUCUCCAUUGGCAGUCGGUCUCUGGCAUGUCAACGGCUAAUCCAUUUGAACGAAGCACGCCAGCAGUGCUUGACUGCAAAGGGGUACAAUAUGGUCUUUGUCUCGAAGCCAACAAAUCCCACUUACGGGAUAGAAUGCGCAGCUGCAUUAGCGCAGAACAAACGCUUACGCCACGACUACCGUAAGUUUACAUGGACUGUCCGGAAUUUCACGGCUAAGAGAGUAGCCAACAAGAUCGAGUUUUCGUCAAUCAUGUAUGAUCAACAGAAAAUAUCCUGGAGAUUCCGUAUUGACUGCAAUGGCCAUUGGGAGCAGGGAUCGUACAUCAGCGUAUUUUUAGAGCUCCUGAAUGGUGCGGAAGGAUGGUUUGAUGUUUUCAUAAAACUAUUCAAUCCGAUGAAUCCUAUCAAUCAGCAUAAGCGGGAGCUUACGCACAAAUUCACGGUUCAUUCCAACUGGGGUGUUCCGCAUUUUGUCAGCCACUGGGAUUUGAAUCCAUUCUUGAGUAAUGAUGAGUUGCAUUUUGAAUAUGGAAUGCGACCCGCUCACAUCGAACAGGAAAUCCAAUGAUUUCCUCCCGCUUGAUGCGCCAAUUGUUCCUUUGCGGAAAGCGUGUCAGUUAUGGCCAUAGUGGUUCUCUAUUUGGCCAUAUGUAAAAUUUCAAUUAACUUUAACUUUAAUUUCGAUGACCUUAUCAAUUAUGACGUAUGGCGAAUAUGGGCACCAGUAUGGUCAUAACUGGUAAUCCUAUCCUAUUUGUUUUUUUUUGUAAUUUCCCAAAACUACAUGAACUGAAUUGAACCUUAAUGCGAUGUGAAAUAAACGAUGCCAUAUCUGAAUAA